ACAAAGUAGUAAAUGUUAUCAAUGCGAAGCUAAUUGUAAAGCAUGGAUUACUUUAAAACAAGUAUCCUUACAAAAAUUACUUGUAUAUUGUUCAGAAAACUUACCUCCUCAGUAUUAUGAAACUUUCGAAAACUAUGAAGAAGAAGUUUUCAUGAUGGCUAUUGAUAAUGAAUCUCCUACAAACCCUCUAACCCUAAUGAACCCUAAUCAUUACCAAGACAUAAUAACAACUCUUGAACCAAUCUUAUAUGAAAAUUAUA